CGUACGGCGGAGCAGUGCAAAAGGUCCCAAUUUCUAUUUGGCUGACGCCGACGGGGUUUGGCUGGUUUUCUUUUUUUUCUUGUGCGCAGCUGACCAAUAACUUCGGAGGAGCGCUCGCUCUGACUGCGCCUGGAUUUUGCGGACGAAUGCACCACCGCACUUCUUACCUUAUUUAUGUUGCCAUCAAAAUUUUCGCAAGAAAUUGUCGGCGAUCAAAGUGGAUCACGUCGAAAAGUCGUGGUGGUGGAGUUUUGAAUAUGCCCGGUGCCCGCAAGGCUUUAUGGGUGAGUGCUGUGUGAUCGACGCUUGCAACUUGUUCGGUGCUGUGGCUCUGUGAGUGGUGUAUGUGUACGCCGAUGCCCGCAUGGAUUUGCGCCUAUGUACGGUGCCAAUAAGUACGGCGGUCUCAGGGGCAUAACUGCAAGGUCGGAGUCUGGGACCGUGCACCGGUGCAUCUUCGAGGUAUUUUGUUGCGCAAAAGGAAAGAAGUUGUGCGGUCUUCGCUGCGACGCGCUCAAAGGAUUCUUGUAACAGGCGCUGCUUUCUAGGAACAGGCAGCGUUGGCCCUCAGGCUGGUGGAAGAGGCUACAAGUACCGCAGCGAGGGAAGUGGGUUGCCUGACGGCGUCCGAAGAUGGGGCAUGCUCCCAGGCCGGCGGCUGUUCUUGCGAAGCCUCUUCUUUGACGCUUGGAUGCCGUGGCUCAGCCGCCAGGAGGUCGGAGCUGCCCCCAAUGGAUAGCCGCUAAAGCCGCUUCUCUCGACACGGAGUUGAAGAUGUGGUACAGCACGCUACUCCUGGGCCUCUACGUGUCACUCCUCAAACAACUGGCCGAAGCACACGAAUCGCACAUGAUAAGAUUCCACAAUUACACCGACAAGCAAAUUUUAGACUACUUAUUAGACCCUGUUCGUUACGACUUCAGACAUAGGCCUGAAGAGCAAACACAAGUGAACGUCAGCGUACUAUUAUUAACGUUAUCGUCGCCCGACGAAUCUAGCUUGAAAUACGAGAUUGAAUUCCUGCUGCAUCAGCGCUGGGAGGACGGGCGUCUUCGGUUCAUGGACGACGACAGCCGGAAGGGCCAUCUCAACGGCCUCUUACACCAGGACAAGGUUUGGAAGCCCGAUAUCUACUUCCUCAAGCACGGGGAAUUCAAGACACCCCUCACGCCCAUACACAUGAGCCUACGCCUUUAUCCCAAUGGCACGGUCGUCUACACUCUUAGGAGGCAUAUGACGCUCGUGUGUCAGGGAAACUUGAAGAUCUUCCCCUUCGACAAUCCCAAAUGCCCUUUUGCUGUUGAGAGCAUGUCACAUGAGGAAUCUCAACUGAAGAUCGACUGGUCACCGACGGAGCCGUCCAUAAACACGGCGACCUCCAUGCGCAGCCAUAACGCUUACCUUGCCAAAAAUGAAACCGGCUACUGCGACAAGAGGCAUACGUGGAGAGGUAACUACAGCUGCCUCCGUGUGCUCUUGGUGUUUACGCGAGAUAAAACCUUCUACAUCAGCACAGUGUUUGUUCCGGGCAUUGUGCUAGUAACGAGCUCCUUCAUCAGUUUCUGGCUGGAUAUUAAUGCUGUUCCGGCCCGUGUGAUGAUUGGUGUCACAACCAUGCUCAACUUUUGCACCACGACUAACAGUUUCCGUUCUACGCUGCCCGUGGUGUCCGGGCUGACAGCAAUGAACCUGUGGGACGGCGUGUGCAUGUUUUUCAUUUAUGCCUCAAUGUUGGAGUUCAUCAUCGUCAAUUACCUGUACCGCAACCUGGGAAGAGGAGGAGCUCAGCGGCAGCCGCCGGGCUCAAGACCCUCCUCUGCCGGGGGCACCGCCGAGCCCCGCAUCCCGCUUCUUUCCAGGCAGCACCGGGCCCAGGACUUCGAGAUGAUUCGAAAGCCCCAUGACUACAACACAUUGGUGACAUCUCGAUCUGACGUUUCGGGUCUCCUUCUCGAAGACGUCAUCAAGGGUCCGGUGUCUGAGCAGCAAGGCACCAACCACAAAGCGUCGUCCCUCGGAGGCCGGCAGGAGCACGACGUCAACAGCCUCGUGCGUCCCGUCUCUGCUUCGGCGGGCCUGGCCGGACUAGGCUCCACGGCAGCUCCUGGAGCGGGCUCAAAGGAGGCGACCACUGGCAUCGAGCUCGGAGCCACGGCGACUAAUGACCCCGAAGAAAGUGACGCCGCCGCUGCCACUGGACUUAAUAACACUGGUCUCGAGAACGAACGGCUGAGAGCUGUGGCUUCGGUGUUCGCAUGGCUUCGGAGGCCGCAGCUGUUUCCCAGCGAGUUGCCUCCCAAGCCCAGAAUCGCCAAAGCAAUCGACUACUUUUCGCGGACUGUGUUUCCCGUUUUCUUCGGUAUUUUUACAUUCGGCUUCUUCCUCGCUUACGCCUACAUUGGACCGAGAGCAGAGGAGAACUGGAAGCUGAUCGAAGCUUAGUGAAAAAAGGAAGAAAGAAAGAAAACAGACAAUUUCUCGAAGGUUCAAUAUGGAAAGAAAGUUCUUGACAUUUUUGCAAGUGGCGGGUUAAGUGAUUGGUGCUCCACUGUUCCUCGCGGUUGUGCGACGUUUCCCUUGGACAAAUGACGAGGUGGUAGUCGGUGAGUAUCUGCUGGAGGGCAGCGUGUACUCCGUCCGGAUUAUAAGCAGGCCACGGAUGUCACUCCUUUGAAAUGCGGGUUUCUUUGAAGAAGUUUGGUCGACACACGCUACCAUGCCUCGUCAAAUACCGCGUAAGGUUUGCGAUACAAAGCAGGAUCGUGCAAUUUGUUUCUUAGAUACGAUGUUGUGGUGCGUACGAAAUCCAACAACCGAAAGCAAGGCAGUAUCGCGAGAUCGUACUUCUUGGUCACUCUUCACACAAUCAUUGGCUUUGUUUGCAAUGCAAGUACGACAUAUUCAUGGCAGUGUAAUCUCGAUAAAAUCCCCACCACUGUCCUCCCUUACGUAUAGAACAAGAUUGAUCGCACUGUCCGUGAAUCAGUGAUCAGCCUUCAGUCCAGGACAUUCUGCUAUGCUCCUUUCACUCCGUGGAAUAACGAAUGUUGCGAUGGUAUGCGGUCGCUUUCCCUUCUUUUAUCCUUUUUGUUGUAAGAAUAAGCAAGUUUUCGCCUUUGUUUCGGUGAUCCGGGAAGUUGUAGCGCUACACGCGGAUAUUGCAAAUGAAAUUUGGUAGUUCCAGUCGAGGCAUAUUUUCUAGAGACCACAUUCAGUUAAUUUUGGAACCUACCCGGAAAAAAUAAUCAGGUUUCCAUCGCGAUAACAACUCAAAGUAACCGGUGUGUGUUCUUCUUGUCAGCUUCGCAUUAAGAUAACAGCGCGUCUAUAGAGCGUCUAUAGAAAGGCACGUAUUCUGAAACGAUGUUGGCAACAUUCUAACAUUAUAAUUGUACUCUUAUUAUAAUCAUAAUUGUAAUUGUACGAUUAUUCGCAAUGUCGCGAACAACGCGAUGGCAGACGUUUGGGAAAUCAUAAAUACUCUCUCAGCAAGACGUUAACGAUGCGUUAUAACGUGCAUCUGCACUCGUUUCCAGAUUAUUAUAAACAUCAAAAGCGUUGUAUUUCGGCUUCGUAGAAUUCUGAAGGCAGUAUUUUAGACGUUAGAAGGUACUAUUUUCAUCAUAUUCCUACGAAGCCCGCGUUAUGUUUAUAUUGGAUAGGCAUCGCAUGAUUUCUCCCUUUGGUUUCCGCCUAUUAUUUCAUCAAACUCCGCGCGCGGGGACAUACUGAGGGCCCGCGUGUAUACGCAUGCUCACUGCGAAUGUAGGCUUGAGGAGCGACACCUAGACUAAAGAAGCUUCCAAUCCCACUUUGUUAAGUAUAGGUACGUAGAGCCGGGAUGUUGUUUCCUACAGCACAUCGCCGCAUACGAUUUAAAAUACAGUCUGUAUGUGGCUAAGUGUGGAUACCUAUGCGGAUAAUGCUCUUUCAAUGACCGCGCCGCUGAACUGAUGGUUGUGGUACGUCCCGUCAAUUAAUGACCAUGCUUGCCCAGUUUUCGGCGCAUUGCUUUAGUGUUCGCUAAGACCUCUAGGGUUCCCAAUUAUCUGGCAUCGAAAAAUGUCUAUAGAGAUAAUCAAUUAUAUUCCUAAAUUAUACAUCCAUUGUCACUAGUGGUGCCUUCGUACCACCAUUUUUCUUUUUUGUCAUUAAAAAUAAAUACAUAGGCUUAAAGCCAAGAAGCAGUAACUGCAUAUUAAAUUACACAUUUGAAAUGUAUUUUGAAACCCUGCGGAAAAAUGGUGACAUCCUCUUGACAUAGUAAGAACACUUAGUAGCACGAUGGGUCUAUCUAUGGCUAUAAAGGUUUGGCGUCUUACCAGGGCUUCAUCUCAUAUUGAGUUCUUGAAAUUGUCCUAGCCCUGAGGAGGCCCCCAAUAGUCCUUUUUUCUAGCCAGAGCAUAUGUAACUCCCAGUACGCAAUGCCAUGUGAUAUCAGUGUGCCACUGCUCAUAUGGGCGCUACCAAAUACCAGGUCACUGUUACGAAAUACCGGAUUAGACUACUUACUCGCGUUAGUGCUAUGCUGUGCUUGUUAGUGUUGACAUGGCUGAUCAUAUCUAAAUGCAUAAUACGGUAUAGCGCCACUGUAGAACCAUAUAAGGUAGACACUAACUUAGGUUGACAGACUAGAGUCUUAGUUGGAAAACGUAUAAAUACACAACAAAGUAGCUGUAGAGCCAGUAGUUUUUAUUAACCCUUCUAGAACUGGGGGGAUCUGUCCAUAUCCAUUUCCGUUCCACCUUCUCCAAUGUUUUCUACUUGCUACUCUUUUUACAAAAGCUGUCUUAUUACUGCAAGAGUAAAAAAGAAAGAGCGGGGCAAGAUUCAAGAAUCCUAAGGAAUUAUCAGUACUGAGGAGAAAACUCACGUGAGACUGGCGCAGACAUCAUGGACGAUUUCGAAUAUUUAUCACGCGCUAUGGACAACCGAGUGCUUGGUAGGAUGUGCUGGGUGUAGGUUCUCUCCCUUGCCUCUUUCUGUUGUCCUUGGUUAUUUCCAUUGUACUAUGUAACCGAUGUAACUGCAAGCGGAAUGAUAAUGGUCACUCUGUUCCAAUUUGUACAUGUUGGUGUCAUCUGCAGUUUUUAACAACACCGAGUCUUACGGACAACACAAGCCGAACGCAACUCAAAACUGAAAAAUCGUUUUCCUUAUCUGUCAGCACGAGCUUUAUGUAUUGGACUAUACCACCGACCUCGAUAGAAGCGGACCGCCCCAACGAGCAGCUGAGUUCGAGUUACCGGAG